CGAGCAGCAGCCGCCGCCAUUUUGUGCGCGUCCGUGUUUUCCCCCACCCCCGCUCCCCUCUCCGCGGCGGCCGGGACGCCCCGCGCCUCGUGCCGGGCAGGCGAGGCGAAGCCAAGGCCUCGGGCCGGGCCUCGGGAGCCACCGGGGGCCGCGAAGCCGCGCCGCUGGCAGCGAGAGAGGGGGAAAGAAGCGGCAAAACGGAAAAGGGGGGGAACGAGCCUCCGGCGCUGCCCCCCGACGGGAGGAGGAGUCUCGGCGCCAGGCCCGGGCGCGGCACCGGCAUGGAGAACUCGCAGCUCUGCAAGCUGUUCAUCGGCGGCCUCAACGUGCAGACCACGGAGGCCGGGCUGCGGGAGCACUUCGCGGCCUACGGCACGCUGACCGACUGCGUGGUGGUGCUCAACCCGCAGACCAAGCGCUCCCGCUGCUUCGGCUUCGUCACGUACUCGGCGGUGGAGGAGGCGGACGCCGCCAUGGCCGCCUCUCCUCACGCCGUGGACGGGAACUCGGUGGAGCUGAAGCGCGCCGUGUCCCGGGAGGACUCGGCCAAACCCGGCGCCCACGCGAAGGUGAAGAAGCUGUUCGUGGGCGGCCUGAAGGGGGACGUGGGCGAAGGGGACCUGGUGCAGCACUUCAGCCAGUUCGGCCCGGUGGAGAAGGCCGAGAUCAUCGCCGACAAGCAGAGCGGCAAGAAGCGCGGCUUCGGCUUCGUCUACUUCCAGAACCACGACGCGGCCGACAAAGCGGCCGUGGUGAAGUUCCACCCGAUCCAGGGCCACCGCGUGGAGGUGAAGAAGGCCGUGCCCAAGGAGGACAUCCAGGCGGGCGGGGGCGGCUCCGCGCGGCCCUCGCGGGGCGGCCGGGGCGGAGGACGGGGUCGGGGCGGCGGCGGAUCCGGUAACCGGGACCACAACGGGCUGUCCAAGGGCGGCGGCGGCUACAACAGCUACGGCGGCUACGGCGGAGGGGGCGGCGGCGGCUACGGCGGCUACGGCGGCGGCUCGUACGGCGGCGGAGGGGGAGGCGGCGACUACGGCAACGGGUACGGCGGGUUCGGCAGCUACAGCCAGCACCAGUCCUCGUACGGCCCCAUGAAGAGCGGCGGAGGAGGGGGCGGAGGGGGCGGCGGCUGGGGGGGCCGCAGUAACAGUGGACCGUACAGAGGAGGUUACGGCGGGGGAGGGUACGGGGGCGGCUCGUUCUGAGCCGGAACGCCCGAACCCCUUGGGCCGGGGCGGCUUCUCGACGGUUUCUCCCUCGCCCGCCGAAGGGCAGCUCCUCUUAAACGCCUCCCCGCUGC